AUGAUGUUUUUAGUGACCGGGGCUUGUCUUGCCUUUUUCGUCCUGCUUAUUGUCAUCUUACUGAUGUGCUACUGUAGGCUCUACUACGCCUGCAGACAGGAGAAUCCAAAGGAAAGACAGAACUAUCUUCACAAGAAAUUCAAAUCGACAAAGUCAUCACCUUGUCCUCAUCGAGUAAGCAAUGAGCGCGCCAAAAGAGGGAUUCGCGGGGCUUUCGCAAAGAACACAAUGACUGGUCUCCUCAUUUCCGGCCCUUCAAACAACCCUUCCCCGGAAGUGCCAAAGAAGACCUCUUCCAACCAUCUGGACUCGGGCACAACGUCUCGCCCAGUUCCAGUCAGAUUCAACAACAAUCCACGUUUCAUCUCUGUUUGA